CCAGUACGGUCACACUGCUCGGUGCAGAACUUUUAUGCCGGCGGACGCACUUCAUCUGUUUGGGGGGAAAACAGAAUAUAGAACCCAAAAUGAGCGAUGAGGGGGAAAGUAAAUCGGAGCAGGUGGAGCAACCCGAAACGAAGGAAAUAGCCGAGGAAAGCAAGGAGAAAGUUGAAGAGGACGAAGCAGCAGAGCCAAUCUCGGGCAGCAUUUCAGCCCCAGAAGUUGAGACCCAGCCCGCAAAAGGUGAAACCCAAUCGGAUAGUCAACCAGGUGAGACAGAGGAAGCACCAUCGCAGGACUUUGCCGCCUACGAGGAGCACAUGACCUAUGCAGCUGAUGGUGGGGCCAUCUAUACGGAUCCCAGCACCAAGCAGAAAUACAGGUGGUGCACCACACAAAACAAUUGGCAACCACUGAGCGCCGACGAGGCUGCCAGUGCGGGGGAUCUCUACGAGAACGAGCACUACAAAUGGUGUCCCAAAACACAGCAGUGGCUGCCCAAGAAACAGGAAACCGAAACGGAGCACUACAAGUGGGAUGAUGAGCAGAAGAAGUGGAUGCCCAAGCAACCGCAACCCGGUCAGGAGGGGGUCUACGGAGUGGACGAGCAGGGCGAACGUACUUACACAGACAAAGACGGAGCCGAGUUCUUUUGGGAUGCCGCCAAGAGUGCUUGGUUUCCCAAGAUCGAUGAUGACUUCAUGGCCCGCUACCAAAUGAACUACGGCUUCAUUGACAACACAUCGGCGGGGGAGAAGGAGAAGGCUGAUAAGGAGGCGGCCGAGGCCAAGAGAAAAGAGGAGGAACUGAAGCGGAUGACGGCUGAGGCAGAGGAGGCAAUGGCCAAGGAUAGUACGGCAGCCACGGCAGCUCCCACUGGCAAGCGGAAGGUGCAAGAGCCACCAAAAUGGUUCGAAAUGGAUCCGUCGCAGAACACCAAGGUGUAUGUCUCCAAUUUGCCGCUGGACAUCACCAUGGAUGAGUUUGCCGACCUGAUGGGCAAGUGUGGCAUGGUCAUGAGGGAUCCGCAGACCCAGAAGUUCAAACUGAAACUGUACGCCGAGAAAGAUGGUCAGAUCAAGGGCGAUGGUCUUUGCGAUUACAUCAAGGUGGAAAGUGUCAAUCUGGCGCUUAAAAUCCUGGACGAGUAUAAUUUGCGGGGCCACAAGAUUCGGGUGCAGAGAGCUCAGUUCCAAAUGCGUGGGGAGUACAAUCCCGCCCUGAAGCCCAAGCGAAAGAAGAAGGACAAGGAGAAAUUGCAAAAGAUGAAGGAAAAAUUAUUCGACUGGCGGCCAGACAAAAUGCGUGGCGAGCGCUCAAAGAAUGAGAAAACAGUCAUCAUUAAGAACCUUUUCACCCCGGAACUCUUCGAAAAGGAGGUGGAACUCAUCUUGGAGUACCAGAACAAUCUGCGUGAAGAGUGCAGCAAGUGCGGCAUGGUCCGCAAAGUGGUCAUCUAUGACCGCCAUCCCGAAGGCGUUGCCCAGAUCAACAUGUCGUCGCCGGAGGAAGCCGACCAGGUUAUCCAAAUGAUGCAGGGACGCUAUUUUGGCCAGCGACAGCUAAGUGCCGAGUCCUGGGAUGGCAAGACCAAAUAUAAAAUUGAUGAAUCAGCUGUGGAGGCCCACAAACGCCUCUCCAAAUGGGAUGAGUUCCUGGCAGAAGAAGAAGCCGCAGCAGGGAAAGCAGCAGCAGCAGCAGGGGAGGAGGAAAAGGAGGAUGAUGACUCGCCGGACAACCAGCUGUUGCCCGGAGAUGCCACCCCUUAGACUCAAUUUACCUGCGA